AUGUUGUUAUUACUGCUUGGUGGAGAUGUUGAAGUAAACCCUGGACAUAACUGGAAGUUCCCUUGUGGCAUUUGUCUUAAACCUGUUAAUAAGAAGAACCAGGCGAGAAUUCAGUGCGGCGAAUGUAGUAACUGGUUUCAUGUAAAUACAAAAUGUAUUGAUAUAUCCCCGGCUGUGUAUAGCACCUUAGUAAACAGCUCAUGCAUGUGGGUUUGCCCGACGUGUGGUCUCCCAAACUUUUCAGAUUCAUUCUUUGACAGCUCAAUAGACUCACUUAAUUCAUCAAACGUCUUUGAACCGCUAAACCAAACUACCUUAGUAGAAUCGCUACCACCAAGCAGAGUUCCUGUACACAAUAGAAACAAUAAUUAAGAAGCUACCUAGACGAACCAAUUUAACAUGCUUGGUCGUCAACUGCCGGAGCGUUAAGAACAAAAUAGCGGAUCUCGCUCUUGUCAUAAACGAGUAUAAACCUGAUAUUGUUCUUGGGAAUGAAUCUUGGCUCAAGCCUGAUAUAAACAGCAGCGAAAUCUUCCCUGAGAGUUAUAAGGUCUACAGAAAAGACAGGGACAAUAACAGCAGGGGCGGUGGAGUUUUCCAAGCAGUAAAGAAUGACCUGAUAAUGACCCAUCGCUCUGAGUGGGACUCUGAUUGUGAAAUUAUAUGGACACAGUGUCAGUUGGCUGGAAUAAGAACUGCAAAAUCUAUCUACUUCGGGUCUUACUAUCGACCAAAUAUAUCUGAUAUGAAAAGUCUUGAAGAGCUAAAUACAUCGUUAUUGAAAAUGGGAGCUGCUUUACAUAAGAACAAUGUAAUCCUCACUGGCGAUUUCAAUGCACCAGACGUCAAUUGGGAUAAUCCACUCGACCAAGACGAUUUAACUACAGCGUCUAAAAGGCUCCUGGAGGUACUUGAUGACAAUGACUUAAUCCAGUUUGUCAAAGAGCCGACUAGGCGACAAGGGACCACUCAAAAUAUCUUGGACCUCGUCUUAUCGAAUAAUAAGGAUAUUAUCGGCGGAGUCAAAGUCAUCGAUGGUAUAAGUGACCAUGAUAUUGUCCUAUUUACUGUCAAGACAUCUUGCCAGCGGAAACGAAAUGUUAAACGUAAAGUUUACAUUAAGAAGAAAGCUGAUUCUGCUCGUAUCAAGCAAGAGCUGCAAACAUUAAUUACGACUCAGCAUCAGGAACCUAAUUCAAGCGAUGUGUCAGUUGACAAGAUGUGGGCGGACUUUGAAGGAAAUAUCCGACAUAUAAUGGAUACUUGUAUACCUCACAAAAUGUCCAGCUCAAGAUACAACCUCCCCUGGUUCAACCGCUUACUUAGAAGGAAAACAAGAAUUAAACAACGUUUUUACAAUAAGGCAAAGAAAUCAGGAAACCCUGCACAUUGGAAUGAAUUUCGGACUGCUAGGAAACGACUGCAAAAGGACUUGAAGUCUACAAGAGAAACGUAUAUUUCAGAUUUCCUGGGAACCGCGAUAGAAGAAAAUCCAAAGCGCUUUUGGUCGUAUAUUAAACAAUUAAAAAAUGAGGAUCCUGGCGUAGCUGACUUCAAAGUUGAUGGCAGAAUUAUAAGUGACGGGAAUUUGAAAUCGGAACUCCUGAGUAAACAGUUUUCUAGUGUGUUUACAGACGAAAAUCCUAAUAAUAUUCCUCCCGUCGGUCUAGACCCGAAACCGAGCAUUGGCACCAUUAUUAUUACAAUUCCAGGUGUCAUUAAACAGUUACAGUCCUUGAAACCACUUAAAGCAAGUGGCCCAGAUGAGAUACCCCGUGGUUUCUUAAAGAAUAUGCAACGGAAAUUGGCCCUAUGUUGGCAGCAAUUUUUCAAACCUCCAUCGAUAGUGGAUGUACACCAUCUAAAUGGAAACAUGCUAAUGUGUGUGGUGUGCAUAAGAAUGGUCCCAAAUCAGAUCCCGCAAAUUACAGACCUAUUUCACUAACCUGCAUAUCAUCAAAGGUCCUGGAACAUAUUAUUCAUAGUCAUGUGAUGAAACACCUAGAACAACACGCGAUUCUCACAGAUGUACAACAUGGAUUCAGAGCAAGACGAUCCACAGUAACGCAAUUAAUCCUGGCGAUUCAUGAUAUGGCCAAGGCGAUCCAAGACAAUAAGUCGAUUCAUGCCGCAGUAUUAGACUUUAGCAAGGCCUUCGAUAAAGUUCCUCACAAACGUCUUAUUAUUAAGUUACAGUAUUAUGGAAUCCAUGGAUCCCUGCUUCAUUGGUUUGAGUCAUUCUUAACUAACCGUUCUCAAACAGUGGUGUGUGAAGGCAAGCAUUCCCACCCUACCCAGGUAACAUCUGGAGUGCCGCAGGGAACUGUGUUGGGACCACUCUUAUUUUUAUUAUACGUAAACGAUCUGCCGGACAAUCUGAAGUCCCAAAUCAGACUUUUCGCCGAUCAUGCGUUACUAUAUGGCGUAAUGUCAAAUGAGGAAGAUGGUGACCAACUCCAGGAAGAUUUACAACAACUCGAAGAGUGGCAAAAUAAGUGGCAAAUGUCAUUUAAUCCUUCUAAGUGUAAAACGAUCUGUAUUUCUACCAAGAAAACACCACCCCAGAGGGUAUAUUCCUUCUGUGGGGUCAAACUGGAACAAGUUGAAUCGAUGUCAUACUUGGGAGUCACUUUUAAUGAUUUGAAGUGGUCCAAUCAUGUCUCUACUAUCUCUAGUAAAGCAAGCAGAGUCUUAGGAAUGAUGAAAAGAAAUCUUUGGAACUGCCCUAAAAAAGUGAAAGAAAUUGCAUACACGGCAAUUGUGCGCCCAAAACUUGAAUACGCGUGUGCUGCUUGGGAUCCCUAUCUUCAAAAGGACAUCGCUUCUCUUGAGAGAGUUCAGAGAAAAGCAGCACGGUUUUGUAGCAACAAUCAUCAUCCCACAGCCAGUGUCACAGACAUGCUACACGAGUUAGGAUGGACCACCUUGGAGCUAAGAAGAACAAUGACUCGGCUAGCCUUGUUAUAUAAGAUGAGCCGAGGGCAAAUCGAUGUCGACGCCGAGACUCAUCUGAAUCCAAACACCGAACUUAGAACUCGCGCAAGCCAUCAAUAUAGAUAUAUACAAGACAAAGCCACAAAGAACACGUACUUUUAUUCUUUUUUCCCUAGAACUAUAAGGCAUUGGAAUAGUCUACCAGCAGAGAUUGCCGAGUUAAAUUCCUUUGAACUUUUCAAGUCUGAACUAUUAGAAUACCUAGUUGACAAUCAGGACUAA